GUAGAAAAGAAAUAAGUUAUUUAGAUUCUAUCUAUUUUUAAACUUUAAACUGGCUGGCGACUUUGUGGUUAAGAGUUUCCCCCCAUUGCGGAAGGUCUUGAGUUCAAACCUUGGCCGAUUCAUGCCAGAGACUAUAAAAGUGUGAAUUCUUUCUACUAUUCACUUCGCAGGACCCUAAUUGAUAACAGUAUCAUUAGGAACUGAAGAGGUUAUCCUGGGUAAAUAAUAAUAAUAUUAAUAAAAUCUGAUUAUUUUUAUUUUCUGAAAUCUGAGUGUGUGAAAGAGCAGUCACUGAUAAGAACUAAGUGGGGAACUUAUGUUUGUAGAUGAGAGUUCUUUUGAAACUUUGUAGGUUACCAGGAACUUGUUUUGUUUACUUUUAACACAACCAACCUUUCUGUUGGCAAUUAAUCAAUGAGAAUCAGGGUUCUAACUGUCAACAAUUUUUUGCUGACACAUUUCCGGGCAUGAUUUAAAAGCUAUAAGAUGACAUCUUAUUCUUCCUGUGUACUAACAUAUGCCUGACAGAACCUUCAGCUAACUAUUAAACUUUGACAUUACAACAAGAAUUGAUUUUUCUAGUUGUAAGUUAAAUUGUCUUCUGUAAACACACAAAUAUAGUAAGCAAUGGUUUUAAUAAUUUGGUUGAAUUGAAUUUUGGCUGUUUGAGAUUACAGAUAGUUUGGUUUCUCUAUAUUAGUAAUGCUUUAUGUAGUAUAUACACUAUAGUGAUGUCAUUGCUAUAAUUCCAAUGUUUAAAAUAAUUACUUCCAUUACACUGCAUUGUUUUAAAGUUACAAUCAGAUUUAUAGAUAAUACAAAAUAUAAUUUGCAUUGGUAUCAGAUUUGGAUUUACAAUAGUGAUAACACAUUAUGGGAUAUAUUUUUUUUUAAAUAUGUGGUAACAUAAUACUUAAGCAUUUUUUUGUUAUUGAAAUCAAUGGAUACAUUGCACAUUUGGAAAUUUUUUGGAUACUGAAUGGAUUAAUUAUUGUGUUGAGCACAGCUCUGAUCUCUUUUUAUGUUUUAAAGUUUAAAGCUUUAAAAACAAAACAAGCAUCUUUCUUUGCUUGUUCUUAUUUUAAGUUUAAUUCUUUCUUAAGGUGAAUUAAAGCCAAAAAUUCUUUAUUAUUUAAAAUAAGCCUUCUAUAAAUGGCAUUUCAUACUUCAUGGCCUGGGAUUCAAUUUAAAUAUAACAUUACAGAAGAAAGGGGUGGUGAUGUUAAUGGAAUGAAUGCAGACGGUGUUGUUCCUUUGCAUGAUGGAAUUCAACGUGGUGAUAAAGAUAUAGUAGAAGAGCUGUUAAAAAAUGGUGCAGACACAAAUACCAAGCCUGUUAAAGGUAAUCUUGAAGGAAAGUCUCCAAUUUAUCUUGCUAUUAAAGAUCCAGAAUUAAAGACAUUGUUAGAACAAUAUGCUGAGCAAGACACAGUAAACACGGAAGGAGAGGUUACUGAGGAUGUACACACAGAAGAAGUUUCAGAGCAAAGCACUGUCAUCACAGAGGUCAAACACAAGUCUCGCAAUUCAAUGUCAACUUCAUCCACCCAUUUAUUGAAUCAACCAUCAGUUUUACCAAAAAUGGUGACAGUGGACCCCACCCUAAAAUAUUUAUGCCCUCCUCCGCAAAGGAUGAAACAAUUUGAAGGAUUAUUCUUUGUCCCUCCUAGUGAACUCACGGUUGAAAUAGUAUCUUCACGAGGACAUGUAAACGAUAUAAAAGAUGUUGGAAAUUUGUUUACAAAAAUGUUUCAGAGUAUUGGAAUAACUUUAUCGUAUAUUUAUAAUGGAAAUAGCACUUCGAAUUACAUCAAGGAAACUCAUCUUCAAUGUAUAAUAAGUGAAAAUACAUUUAGACACAAAGAAGAGUAUAAAAUACAAGUGAAUACACAUAAGGUGGUGAUUUUAUCUUCCUGUACUGUUUCAAUGUUUCGUGGAAUAUCAACGUUCGUGCAGUGUUUAAGGUUAUUCAGAGGAAAAGCUGUCCCAUUAUUACAAAUUUCUGAUUGGCCAUCUCAUCCUCACAGAUCUGUUAUUCUUGACUUCCAGUGCAAUGACAUUCCCCAUUUGGACAUCUUCUGUGAAACUGUAGAUAUUCUUGCCUUAUUUAAAAUUAACCAGAUUCAACUGAACAUACAAAAUAUUGGUGAACAAAAAAAUACAGGAUGUUUCAACUUAAGAGAAUUUUUCACAUUGCAAGCAUAUUGCCAGAAAAGAUUUAUUCUCGUUGUUCCUUAUAUUGUGAUAGAUGAACAUUCAAACCUCAUCAGUCAUGGAAAUAAUGGGAUAUUUCAACUGAAUAUUGAAAAGUUAAAUAACUACAUAGAUUUGUUUCCAUCGUCUAACUUCCUGCAUGUUGAUCUUCGCCAUGCAAGCAGUUCUAAACUCAUUCAACAACUUCAUCAGUAUUGCAUAGCUAGAAACUAUCAUCUGCAGCUGACAGUCAAUGAAAUUGAUAUGCAUCUCGAUCACCUGACAUCAUUACUAAAUAGUUUCUCGUUUACCGUUAAUUUGUCUCAGGCGGAUCGGUUAGAAGAACGCAUUGAAAUGGUAGAUAACUUAGGAUUACAAUGUAUUGUUUGUUAUGAAAAUAACAAUUUGAACAGGUUAUUUCCAAACAUAAUGAAUGCCAUGUCCAGUGUGCACGAAAUUUCAUACAAACUUAACAAUUAUAAUGUUGCUGGUUUAUCUACCAAACUCUCUUCGUCAUCAAAAAAGUUGUGUAGCUGGAGCAGUUUUCUCCCAACCAUCGUUAUGACGUCAUUCAUGGGAUGGAACGCCCCGAAAGAAUUGGACGAGACGUACAUUAAAAAUAUCAUUAACUAUCAAAUAUACGAAGACGAUAAUGACUUAAUUGGUAAUUAUUUUGUAUCCAUGGGAAAUUCGUUACCAUUGACAACUGCUGAUCGUUCUUUAUUCGACGACAUGUUGGCGUAUUGUUCAAUUGAUGCGUCAUCUUUAACGACGGAAAAUCUUCAGGAGAUUUGCAAGACCAUCAAAGUUUUAAAACUUGACAUACAGAAGAUGAAACUGGGAUCAUCUUUAAAUAACUUUUUUGUCGAGGAAUCCAUUAUUUUGCUGAAUGUUUUGUUCUUCUUAUCAAGAAUUUGUUAUGGUGUUCUCAACUUGCAAACAAAAGAUAAGACACAAAAUUUGGAUGAUCUGUCGCAGCUAAAUAAAAGUGAUCAUUCAAAUAGAUUGAUGACAUUGAUAAACGAAUAUGAACAAUACUGCAGCAAGUAUUACAAACAUUCUUCCUCGGGUUAUGUGUCUGUGGAGUUGUUGAAAAACCUUCUACGUAAAAUACUACCAAAGAACGCGCCAUCUUCUGGCCUGCUAAGCAUGUUUACGGCUUGAAAAAGGCGGGAAAACUACUGUUGCAUCAGAUCUCGCUCUGUCGCCGCCAUUUUACCAUACGCAUUCUUGAGUAAAAUUUCUCUAAGGAACACUAAUAAAGAUAUACGCGUUUCAUGCUUGACACCAUUAAUUUUAUUUAUAUGAUGUGAAUCUUAGGUUGUUGUUUUUUAAUUCAGAGGAAUAUAGGUAAAUUUGGUAACUUAUUUAUUUUUUAGAUUUCUGUUUAUUGUGAUUAUUUUUCUUAGCAGAACUUCUUUUGUUCUGUUCGGUUUUUUAUCUGUUGUUGUCAUUGUUACGCGUAUCGAUUGUUCUUUAAAUUUUUAGGGUAGUUUUAUUAUAUGCACUGUUCGCACAUUUCUAAUUUCCUGCACUCAAACGCAGAUGUUCUAUCGGAUUACUGAACUAGUCGGAUUUUAUAAUUACUAUGGUGUCAACCUAUAUUCGAUGAAGAGCGGGAAGGCUUCUUCGCAAUCUUUAUAUUAAUCCCGCUUAGGUAAUCUAUUAAUACCGAAACUUACUCGGAUUGAUCCCGAUUCGGAAUUGAAUUUUGUUAAAAAGCAGUAAACGUGAAC